AUGUUCAAACGCUCGUUCUUGUCCAAGGACCGUGUGGGCAAGUCAAGCACAAGCAAGCUGUCGAAGAGGUCGUAUCGCGACAAUGUCAAGAAGGAGAUGCUCGAGAGCAAGUUGGACAGUCCGCAGGUGGGGGGUGUUUCGCCCAACCUCACCAGCGCCAUCAUCACAACUGUGAUCGGUAAAGACCAACGACUGUUCGCGGCACACGAAGACGUACUGGUGCACUCGCCGUUCUUCGCAGCGGCGAUUCGCGACCAGUUCUUCGAGGCCAACGCUCGCCGCAUCUACCUCCCUGACGAAGAAGCCGAAGUCUUCUCCUGCAUCCUCGAGUACCUCUACAAAGGCGACUACUACCCGCGUCUGCUGCACGACAAGCGGCGCAAUGCCUUUGCCCUCGAGGAUGCGGGCCCUGAAGGCAGCCCUAAAACCGGUGGCCGCGGAUCCACCGGCUCAGUCGCACCGACAAUCUACCACUUCGGCGUGGGCGACUACAUUCUCCGUGACACGGCCGUGUACUGCGCGGCGGAGCGGUACGGCCUCGAGGAGCUCAAGAAGCUGGCUCUGCGCAAGCAGGGCCUGCAGAGCGGAAUCGACGUCGCCACCAUCCUGCGCAGCGCACGGUACGCCUACGAGAACACGCCGGACAGCGACAGCCGGCUCCGCGCGCAUUACCUCGCUCUCAUUAUCCGCAGCCGGCGGACCUUCAAGCGCAGCGGCACCAUGCAGAUGGAGAUGGAGAUGGGUGGCAAAUUGUUCUUUGACCUGUUCGUGGCCAUGUGCAACCAUGUGGAUGACAUUGUGGACAUGACGCAAGUGACCCCUUCUCCUACGUGUGGCUGA